AUGGCCGAGACUGCCGCCCAACCCAGCUGCCCGACUUUCAAGCUCGUGCUUGUCGGUGACGGUGGUACUGGAAAGACCACCUUCGUCAAGCGCCACUUGACUGGAGAGUUCGAGAAGAAGUACAUUGCGACGCUCGGUGUCGAAGUCCACCCGCUCGCUUUCACCACCAACCUUGGCCCCAUCCAGUUCGAUGUCUGGGACACUGCAGGUCAGGAGAAGUUCGGUGGUCUCCGUGACGGAUACUACAUCAACGGCCAAUGCGGUAUCAUCAUGUUUGACGUGACUUCGCGUAUCACAUACAAGAAUGUCCCCAACUGGCACCGUGACUUGGUCCGUGUCUGCGAAAACAUUCCCAUCGUCCUGACCGGCAACAAGGUCGACGUCAAGGAGCGCAAGGUCAAGGCAAAGUCCAUCACCUUCCACCGAAAGAAGAACCUCCAGUACUACGACAUCUCUGCCAAGUCCAACUACAACUUCGAGAAGCCCUUCCUCUGGCUCGCCAGGAAACUUGUCGGCAACCAGUCCUUGGACUUUGUCGCCGCUCCCGCUCUUGCGCCCCCCGAGGUUACGGUCGACCAGGCUGUUCUCGAGCAGUACCGACAGGAGAUGGAGAACGCCGCUCAGAUGCCUCUGCCCGAUGAGGAUGAUGCCGACUUGUAG